UCCUGCUUUGACCCGGGCACAAGGAUCGUGUGUGUCGGAAAACUACCAGAUGGUUGACUGGUCGUGAGCUCACGGGCCUUGUGGGCGGGGGACGCGCGUCGAUAAGGGCUGCCCUAGAGGGAGGCGGAGAAGUCAAAGAGAGGAGCAAGAGGAGCCCAGCCGGAGCUCGAGACGUAGAGUGAGUGGCUGUUGGGCCGGCUGGCCGCGAUGGAAGCGGAGCCGAUGGACGAGAAUGAAUGGCGUUACCACGGCGAGGGCAACAAGAGCCUCGUCGUCUCCCACAGAAAGCGUUGCAUAGUACUGCGUUUCUUGAAGUUUCCCCCAAACCGAAGCAAGACACCAGAAGAGAUCUUUCACCACCUUCAGAAUAUAGUACACUUUGGGAAGCACAUUAUGAAGCAGUUUUUUGGGGAGAAGUAUGUUCACUAUGGGGAGGUUGUACACCUGCCUUUGGACUUUGUAAGACAGCUUUGUUUAAAGAUCCAGUCAGAGCGGCCAGAGUCUCGCUGUGAUAAAGACAUGGAUGCUCUUAGUGGCUAUGCUAUGUGCCUUCCUAACCUCACCAGGCUACAUUUUGUUGAACAUCGACCAAUACUAUGUGUAGAGAUAAAACCCAAAUGUGGGUUCCUGCCAUUCUCCAGCCAUGUUUCACAAGAGAUAAAAUACAAAGUGUGUCGUUACUGCAUGCAUCAGCAUCUAAAGGUAGCAAAAGGAAAGUGGAAGCGACCUAGUAAAUAUUGUCCACUAGAUCUCUUCUCAGGAAAUAAACAGCGAAUGCACUUUGCCUUGAGAAGCCUGUUACAAGAAGCUCAGAAUAACUUAAAAAUAUUUAAGAAUGGUGAGCUAAUUUAUGGCUGUAAAGAUAACGAGGACUCGCUCUCUGACUUGAAUGAACUUGCUCGCCACUUGAAGCCUUUCUUUUUUCCUUCAAAUGGCCUAGUCAGUGGGCCACAUUGUACAAGGGCAAUUCUGAAAGAAUUAAUCCAUGUAAUUACAACAGUUUUGUUGAGUAGCACAGAUGUUUGCAAAGCAGGUGAUAUGAAGACUGUUCCUACCUCACAAGGAAGGAGUUAUUGUGAAGCCAGUGCUUUCUCUAAAGAGUUUGUAAGAAACGGUAAAAAUAAAAUGGAGACCUCUGGUUUACCGAAGGGAUGCCUACUCUACAAAACACUUCAGACACAGAUGUUGGACUUGCUGGACAUUGAGGGCAUUUAUCCUUUGUACAACAGAGUAGAGCAAUACUUGGAAGAGUUUCCCAAAGAGAGGAGCACAUUACAGCUAGAUGGGCCUUAUAAUGAAUCAUUCUAUGAAAAGCUGCUAGACCUCUCAACAGAAGAUGAUGGAACAGUACAAUCUGCAUUGAGAAAGGUUCAACAGUACAGAGUUGCAAUGACAGCAAAAGACUGUUCAAUUAUGAUUUCUCUUUUACCUUGUCUGCAGGAUGAAUGUUCUGAGCAGAGGCCGGUGGUUCCAGCGUCUAAAUCAAGAUUCACCUUUUCACUCUCAGUCUUGGACUUAGACCUUAAGCCAUAUGAAAGCAUUCACCAUCAAUACAAACUGGAUGGGAAGAUAGUAAAUUAUUAUUUGAAAAACACACAGGCCAAAGAUGACUCUGUGAAGUCCAGUAUCUUGAAGGAAAAUGAAAACUGCACACUAGUUCUCCACAAAAUGUAACUACCUAAAUUUUUGAGCACAGAGAGGAAGGAUUAAGUUGCAUUGCUUUUCUUUUGGUUUCAUUUGUGCUUUAAAACUUGUAUGCCUUUCAGAAACACAGAAUACCACUAAGUCCACCUUUUCAAUAUAUAACCUGGAGGAAUGCAUUUAUCAUAAAACAGACAUGUGCCGUACCCUAUAUCUGCUGAUUUGCUGGAUACUGGGGGAAGCAGAGAAGGUUUAACCAAAUGACUACUUUGAAGCAUAGAGAAGAAUGCUUUCUACUUACUACUACAGUGCAGGGAGCCAGACUUUCUGAGAGGUAUCCUGCUGCAUCUCUGAACAGUUGUGUGUGAGCAGACAUGUGCUGCCUACAUCGCAGCUUGCUUAUUAGUAGAAAUAUUUUUCAUAGGCUUGUGAGAUAAUUGUACACUUCAGUUAGCAACCAAAGUAAAGUAGUGGUGGUCGGCCUGGAAAGUGAUUUGAAAAAAAUGCAACUGCACUUACAAAAGAAGAAACAACUUAUUUAUGGGUAUGGAGGAAAGUGGCUUUGAUCUAAUUACUUAGAUAAAUAAUUUAAAUAACUUAGCUCUUAUACAAUAGGUGUUGAUAUUAAAACUUCAGCAAAUAAUCGAAUCACUAAGCCACCCUAGAAUAUUUGCAGUGAUCUUUUAAUUCAUAAAAAGAUACACCUCUCACUGACAUUUACACCAUCCAGUACAGCAAGUCUUUACUGUACUGGAAGCCAGUGACUUUGUAAUGUUAAAUGCUGGCUCUGAAUCUUCCUGAGUGAUAGGCUUGUUAUGCUUCUAUUCAUACUUUCUCUAACAAGAUUCCUGUUGGCAUUAAAAACUUCCCAUUUAUUCUUCCAAGUCUUGGAGUGAGAACCUCAGCAGUAGUCAAGGUGUUCUAGCAAAACAUAGAGUAAGCUCUGCUUAUUGUUAAAUAGGCAUUAAGGGACAUUUCUCUAGAAGUACCUGUACAAAACUAUAACUGCCCUUUGCCAUAUCUUAUAUACCACAAUAGGAAAAGAUGCCUCAUGCUUGACAGAGUGUAGUCUUCAUUUUCUGAGCUGCUUUCUGCACUAGGUGGAGAGUUUCCUUCUGCUUUACUUUGACAGGAGGCUGGACUUGUGGUGCUUGGAGGAAUGUUACUGUUCCUCAGAAAUGUCAUUGUUGUGGAAUAGGAAAAAAAAUUCAUAGAUUGCAAGUUGGUGAAAACCUUACUGUGAGUGGGUGAGAGACUCCUCCAUGGAGCAACUUCAGAUUUAGAGCUGCUUCAGUCAGCUCAAGAACAAUCCUGAGUAAGCAUCUGUGUUUCAGACUAGGGUCUUUAGUGGUAUAUGUUAAUGACCUUUUUCUUGUCAUCAUUGAUCUGACUUUCCUUCUUGUCUGUCUGUCUACAUGUGUAUUUCCUGGAUGACCCAAAAGCUGCUAUAGUAAUGUGAAAUGUAGUGGCAAUUCAGAAUUUAGGUCAUUUUAACCCUUCCCAUAAUGGUGUACUUAAUUUUAAUAUUCAGUGGCUCCCCCAUAAGUCCUCAAAUCUGUCUUACUCAAUCUGUUCAGUUUAAUUAUAAAAAUUUUUUCCUAGAGAGAUUGUAGACCUGAAGUCACUGGCUAUCAAGUAGCCUAAAUGCUGUUUAGAGCACAUCCCUGAAAUAAGACUGAAGGAUCUUGCAAACCCAUGUCUGUUAGUUGGCUAAUUAUAGCUGUGGUAUUCAAGCAAUAUAUGUUUAGGCAUGGGUGUCUCUUAAUCUGUAAAGCUGCUGUGAGAAUACUGUCAGUCCCAUCUUUUCCUAAGUCAGGCAAAACAUGGAAAUUAAAUAGCUGGAUGCUGUGCAUAAUGGCAGGACUGUGCACUAGAUACACAUAUUUCAGAUGGAAAAUACAGAUGGUCAGAAGUAGGGCAAACUUUACAUGUAUCAUCUUGGGAUAGGGAGGUGAGUUAAUGUGCUAUUUUUUAGGUGCUGUCAAUUUUUGACUUGAUGACUGGGUGCCAGCCGUUGAAAACAUAAAGUUUGCUUUAUGCAAUUAUUGCAGCACUUUAAAAGAGCAGUGGGAAAUUUGACACUGCUACAUCGGAGCUAAUUUUGUGAAAAUAAGCUGAUCCCAGCAGAUCUGAGCCUGGAAAUAAGGAGGGGGUCACACAUAUGGGACAAGUCUUCUAUGGGGUCAGUGCUUUGGGUAGCUGUCUUUUACUGGCAGUUCUCCCUGAGACAAAACACACUGCAUCCUGUACAUUAAUUUUUGUGUUUAUUGAUCCAUUGUAAAUGACAAUUGUUGCAACAAAGAAGUAUGUUAAACACAUCAGUUUUUGCCUUCAAUCACAGACAGUGGGAGAAGGUAUAGUUGUGCUACUGUAUUGGAUCACUUUUUUGUACCUUAACCUUGAUUUCAUGAGAAACUUGUAAUUUUCAGUAUCACUGUCUUUCUAAAAAUCACUGUUACAUACACAGCUGUGAACUGAAACUGCCACUUUUUAUAGACUUGAAUUUAUCAGGUAGAUUUUAAGAGGUUCCAGGAAAUGCUAUGGAUAGGAUGAAAACCACUUUGGUACAUUGAUUCAAAGUUAAAUUUUUGACUGAAACUCCACUCUACUUGUAUCUAUUUUAUUUGGCAUUUGUAUUUAAAAGGCUGUAUUUAUUUGUCACGACAAUUUAUAUAU